GUUGCGUAUUUUAUUUUUUUCCAGGACGAACGUAGGCACACAAUUACCCCACGUUCGUCCUCGAACCAGGAAAACAACCCAGACACGUCACCACGUGAGCUUUCCCGUGGUGACGUCAGUGCACCUCGGGCCAGCCCCAAGUGACCCUAUCCACAAGUGGCACUACCGAGCCCAGUUCAUUACAGUGAAAGUUCGGUGUGGUGGGGUGUGUCAAUCGUUGCUUGCUCUCAGUAUCAGAAUAAGGACGAUUACUAGGAGCUGAAUGUAAAUUACAUGUGUCCACGCUGGUAUAAACUAUCCGGAACUUUGCAAGUCGUCUAUCAAGCAGAAUGAAUUCUACAACUCCAGUAUUAUCAAUUGAGGAGAAGAGGGAUCUAUGUCACGGGAAGUCUGCAUUGCCGUACGAAGAGCGACGCAAGAUUGUGGACGAUUUGUACCGAGAGUGGAUUAAGGACGACUGCUACGAAGAGGAAAUGAAGAGACUCGGCUAUGUUGCACACAUUGAACUAGCUCAAGAGAUACUGAAGUGCGUUACAGACAAGACUCCACGUAUACUUGAUUGCGCUUCUGGAACUGGCUUUCUGGGUGAAGAGCUGCAAAAGAUUGGCUUCACAAAUGUGGAUGCCCUAGACGCAUCGCAGGAAUCUCUCAAUUACAGCAAGAAGAAAGAGAUUUAUCAGAACUACAUUUGUGGACUUCUCGGACCAAAGAAAAUGGAAAUUGACAGCGACGUGUAUGAUGCUGUUGUGUUUACAGGAUGCUUUGGGAACAUUCACACAAAAUCGGACUGUUUUCCGGAACUUAUACGAAUCACUAAACCAGGUGGCUAUAUCAUGUUCACCGUACGACGAUCAGUUCUUCUGGAGGAUGAGUUUUGCAGUAAUGGUGCAUUGGAUGCAAACAUUCAUGAUCUGGACCUGAAAGGAAAAUGGAGAUACCUCUCGAAAACGCAGAAACUCUACAUGACAAAUCAAGACUUCAGAGGGAAGAAAGAAUACUGUUAUGUUUUCGUUUGUAAAGUGCUUUGAGAAUAAUCGAUUUGGUUUCACAGUAAAAAAAAAAAACAGCCCCUUGUUAACCAUUCAAACGGCGUUAUGGGGUGUGUGCAUGGAUUAGCCCAGACAUAAAUUUCAGGACGCUUGCUGCAAAGAUGCAAAGAUUAAAAAAAAAUCAAAUUUCGCCGCCAAAGGCUGAAUUAUGUUUAAAACACAGAACUUUGUAUAAAAGAGACUUUUUUAAAUUACAGAAAAACAUCAAUAAACAUGGACAAAAAUGUAGCGUUUAGGCUGGGGAAUCUCAAAAAGACAGUUGGGAUGGUUUUGACCCCAAUAUAGGUCGAGUGACCUUGUAUGCUCAAUCGGUCGACUGUUCCCGAUCUUUGACAAAGGGACCAGAAGUUUACGUCUUUCAUUUCCAGGUAAAAAUAAAAGCAAAAACCUACGGGUCUCAUUGACAAAAACACAGUAAAAUAAUUGUUGAGUAAUUGUUUUUAAGGGUUUAUAUGUUAAAAAAAAAUAGAUAAAGUUGUUUGGGGUGACUCCGCCUACCCUUUUGUGACUUCAAUCGAGACAGACUUUGUCUUGGUCGAACAUCGAACACACGUACGUACAAGUACAUUCACGUCCCAGUCGUGAGUUUGUACGUUUCGAAACAGGUUUUUUCUUGCAUUUUUCCGUCAAUGUCGAC